CGAGAUGUCAAUAAAAUGGCUUUGUGGAUAUUUUUUGCAAGUUUACUUUCAAGCUGUCUAGCGGAGACUAUUGAGUACUUUGAGGAUGAUAAGAGGCCGUGCACAUAUUUUGAAUCAUCGAGAUAUGCAUCCCCCGAGUCUGGCUUAGUGAAUUGUUCAUGGUACUCUGAGAAGGCAUGCUGCAAGCGUACAGAGGUGACGUCUGUGUUUGGAGGGAUGUUGCCCCUACAUGAUGCUACAGUUGAUUGCCGUAAUAAAAUCAAUUACAUGAUGUGCUACUUCUGUAGCCCUGAGCAACAUAGAUGGUAUGACAAGAAAGCUUAUCUCUGUUCGUCCUACUGCACAGAUCUAUUUGAAUCAUGUAGAACAGCAGAUUACAAAGGAAAGAAGAUAGGUGAGGCAUAUUCCAAUGGCGAGGCUUUCUGUGAGGGUCAGAACUUUGCUAUAGCAGAUGGUAGUCGACCCUGCUUUGACUUUGACGAAAAUGUGUUUGGCACAGCAAUAGAACUUACACACAAUCCAAUAGCAAUACUUAUAAGUACAUUGACGCUGCUAAUUAUAACAUCGUGGAUUCAGUCAUAGUCAAUAUGGAUCCAACAUUGGAAUCAGGGUGUGUCCAUCUUAUCGAUUCCAGGGCUACUUGUCACUAUUGAAAUAUGGACUUGUUGGUGUGAUUUCCUUAUAGAUGAUGUAAAAACCAUCUGAUUGAGCUGGAACUUUGAUAUGUUACACCAUGAGUGGAAUAUCAGAAUACUGAUGUUGUAGCUUCCAUUUUAAGAGGUGAAUAAGAUAUUAAUUGAAUCUGGUAUUGACAACAGGAUGGUGUAUAGUGUAUACAGUGAAACCUGUGUUCAGUGAACACAUUUGGUGUAAACAAGUUGUGUUGCAGUGAGAUGUUCACUAUAUGACAGGAUUCACUGUGCAUAAAUAAUCAAUAUGAUAUCAAAAUUGACCUAUCAAUCAAAAGUUAAUCGGAGGUCAUUGAAAAAAUAACACAAAUUCAAAAAGUUACAUGAUAUAAAAUGAACACCUCUAGGCUAGUUUAAAGGUCGUGUUUGAUACAUAUUACUAUUAUAUUAUUAUUAUAUGAUUAGUAUUAUCAUUGAAAGAUUAUUUCAAUGAAGGUGGUUUAAUAACAGUUUGGCCAUUCUUUGACAAAUGGCCUGCAUCAAGAAUGUAGAUUUAGAUUGUCUUAAAUAUGCUGUUUUUGUUAUCAUCUCGACUCUGUUGUUUUGACAAAGUGAGAUUUGUAUAGUUUUCCAUGUAUAUUUUACAUAGUAGUUUUGAUAUGAUGUAUUUGGGUCAUCCCAAUUCAUGUGUUUUACAUAUAUAUUAUUAUGCAUGUAUAUAGUGUCCAAGGGAUCAUUGCAAUAAUAGCUUACUAUUGACAAUAAAUGUAAUUUUCAUUAUAUUGUAGGUAUGAAAAUCUAUUAAUUAAGGCACUAGUUAGUAUUAUUUUAUAACAGUAAACUUUCAAGAGAAACAUUUCAUGUGCAUUCGCAUUUUAGAUUGAAUUCUGACUAGCCCUCCAGAGGAACAUUUUGAUUAAUAUAUAUACGAUUAAAUACAAAACUUCUACUCACAUCAUGGCUGGAUUGAAACAUGAUGCUAAAUUCACGAUGAUUUUCAAGCAUUAGUUUAAAUAGAGGCAAAUUGCCUCA